UUCAUUUUUUUAACGAGUCGCCAGUUGUGGAAAAUUCUAAUGUGCGUGGAGACCACUCCUUUCUUGCAGAGCUGCAUCUUUGUCAGUCUGCUUUUCUCUCGCACGCUCGCUGGGUUUCCGAGGCCGAGGGGGUGGUCUUGCAGUCAGUCAGUGGAUGUGAGAAGAGCAGAGUUUCGCUUUUAUUGCAGAGCAGCUGCAUCGGACGAUAUAGGCACCGCACUAGAGAAACAGCAAUGCCAAACCGUUACUUGUUUAAGGGGUGAUUGAAAUGAAAAGAUCGCUGGAUGGGAUGUGUAUUUUUUUUAAUGAUUGAAUGAGACCGCUGCAACUACAGGCUAGAUCUCUAACUUGUUGAUGCACCAUUAUUUACACCGUUUUUUUUUUUUGUCUUUCUCUGCUCGUUUAAGUAGGUGAAGCAGGUGGAAGCAGAACUAUUUGCCUUUUACGAUCUUAGAACCAACAGACUUAUUGGUUUAACGAGUACACUUUCAAGAUAAGUUAAGAUGUCUUUGCACCCAUCAAUUGCCAAGCCAUAGCAUUGGGGUUUUGGUAAGCAGCGCGGUUGUUCAAAACACACCCGAACACACCGGGUCGUUCUAACUGGUCACCAUGGCAGCUGGAGUGGCUGCAUGGCUUCCAUUCGCACGCGCGGCGGCUAUUGGGUGGAUGCCGGUAGCGACCCGUCCUAUGCCCGUUCCUCCUCGGGAAAAGAAGAAAUCACAAGACCAGGGACUUCUCGUCCUCAAUGUAAGUGGUCAGAAGUUCCAAACAUGGAGUAACACUUUGGAACGCUAUCCGGACACUUUACUGGGGAGCACCGAGAGGGAUUUUUUUUUCCAUGAGGAGACAAACGAGUACUUUUUUGAUCGUGACCCUGACAUCUUUAGACACAUUCUGAAUUUCUAUCGCACCGGCAAACUGCACUACCCGCGGCAGGAGUGUAUUGCAGCAUAUGAUGAAGAGUUGUCGUUUUUCGGUAUCAUACCCGAGAUUAUUGGCGACUGUUGCUAUGAGGAGUACAAGGACAGACGGCGCGAGAACCAAGAGAGGCUGCAAGACGACGAGGACGACGAGAAAGAAGAUGUAGCUCCGUUAAACAUGACCUUUCGGGAGUACAUGUGGCGGGCUUUUGAGAACCCACACACAAGCACCACGGCCCUCGUACUGUAUUAUGUGACCGGGUUUUUCAUUGCCAUAUCGGUCAUGGCCAAUGUGGUGGAGACAGUGCCGUGUGGAACGCUACCAAACCGCGCCAAGGAGAUUUCAUGCGGUGACCGUUAUGCGUUGGCCUUCUUCUGCCUUGACACCGCCUGCGUCAUGAUCUUCACGGUCGAGUACCUGUUAAGGUUAAUCGCGGCGCCAAGCCGGUAUAACUUCAUGAAGAGUGUGAUGAGCAUAAUAGACGUGGUCGCCAUCAUGCCUUAUUACAUCGGCCUGGUCAUGACAGAUAACGACCAAGUGAGCGGUGCGUUCGUCACCCUCAGGGUCUUCCGAGUUUUCAGGAUUUUCAAAUUUUCCCGCCACUCCGCGGGCCUGCGUAUCCUUGGCUACACGCUGAAGAGUUGCGCCUCUGAGCUAGGCUUCCUUCUCUUCUCUCUCACCAUGGCCAUCAUUAUCUUCGCCACUGUGAUGUUCUAUGCGGAAAAGGGCUCCACCUCCAGCAAAUUCACCAGCAUUCCCGCUGCUUUCUGGUACACCAUAGUCACCAUGACAACGCUGGGCUACGGUGACAUGGUGCCCAAAACCAUCGUGGGGAAGAUAUUUGGUUCCAUCUGCUCUCUGAGCGGGGUGCUGGUCAUCGCCCUGCCCGUCCCCGUCAUUGUGUCCAACUUCAGCCGUAUCUACCACCAGAGCCAGCGGGCGGAGAAACGACGGGCCCAAAAGAAAACUCGGAUCGCUAAAAUCCGUGCAUCGAAGAGCCGGGGCACUAACGCGUACAUGCACUACAAACAGUACAACGGUCACUUCCUGACCCACAGCUCUCUGGAAGAGGCGUGCAAGGAAGCAGGUCAGCUUCUGGUGGGCAAACCCAACAUUCCCUUUGAAAGCCAUCACCACCACCUCCUACACUGCCUGGAGAAGACAACGAAUCACGAGUUCAUUGAUGAGCAGACAUUUGAGACCAACUGUAUGGAGGUAACCAUGGUGAACAAGUCUGGCUCCAGAACCUCAUCCAUGUCGGGGUCGUCCUCUCCCCACGGCCUGUCAUCCUGUUGCUCUAGGCGACACAGGAGGAAGAGCUUCAGUCUGCCAAACUCCAACAACCAGGAGCUCAGCACCAUCCAGAUCCGAGAGAGACCAAUCGUCAACAGUCGCUCCAGCCUAAACGCCAAACCAGACUUUGAGACGGUGCCACUGAAGAGCGGCCACUCAUACGUCACCUCCUCUGUGGUCACUCUCCCCCCCGCCGCCUCCUCACUACUGACCUCAUCAGACAACGGCGGAUCCAGCAGCUCCACCUGUAACUACUCACAAAGCAACAUUGUCAGAGUGUCAGCCUUGUAGGUGCCAGGUCAGGGCCCCAGUCCUUUUCGGCUAACUGUUUAGCAGACAUUUAGGGCUAACUAUUUAACUGGCCUCAAGGAGAUGCAACAGCAAAUAUGUAAAGACAAGGACCACUGACUGACUGACUGACUGACUGAUGGACAGUCAACCUGGCAGCAGCUGGAGAGAGACUGUUUCAAUGACUGACUGACUGACUGAUGGACGGUCAACCUGGCAGCAGCUGGAGACAGACUGUUUGAAUGACUGACUGACUUAUGGACGGUCAGCCUGGCAGCAGCUGGAGACAGACUGUUUGAAUGACUGACUGACUGAUGGACGGUCAGCCUGGCAGCAGCUGGAGAAAGACUGUUUGAAUGACUGACUGACUGAUGGACAGUCAGCCUGGCAGCAGCUGGAGACAGACUGUUUGAAUGACUGACUGAAUGACAAUGGACAGACGAAGGGACGGACAGAUGGUCAACCAGGAGAAGUCUACAGGGAUUAUAAUCAGAUUUACCAGAGGUCAGAAGUCAAGACAGCUCUCAGUGCUGGGAUGGACCUUUACUGUGCAUGGGAUUGAAUUACUGUACUGUGACUGGAUUUAGCACACAGCCUUUGACCUACCCUUAACUUCCUGGAGCCCCAUUGAAAGGUAAUGUAACUAAAGGUUAUGCUGAAAUCCUGCUCUUUCCUUAAGCACAGAAGGCUCAAGCCUUGAAUUAUUAGAUUGCUGGAUUGUUUUUGCCAGAAAAACAAAAACACUAAAAUGGUAACUAUUUUUGGGCCGAUUGAGUCCGAUAUUCGGUGUCGUCUUGACCCGUGACUGCACAAUGAACAAGAGGAGAGAACAGAGUUGUUUGUCCAUUUCCUGUUUCUUCAUGGAGCUGAGAAACUCGAGAGUAAGCACACACACAUUCAAGAAAUGACAGGAAGAUUGAUCAUCUAUUGUGAAUAUCAAUCCUCAGAUAUGUCUAAUAUUACACACACAUUUAUGGAACAUCCACCUCACCUUGAAUAGCCACUUAGCCACUGUGAAUAGCCAUCAAUGGUUAUCGUCUUUGCUCUAUGAGUAUAGAUCUUUUUCCUUAUCCUGAACCUGUUUGUGAAAUGUUAAAUGUGAGACUCUUAAUUAGUAGCCCGUAGUCAUAAAGUGUCCUAGAAAAAUGGUACUGAUCUAGGAUCUGUUUUGCCUAUCAGAUAAUAAUAAAUAGGAAUAUAUGGAAACAGGUGAACUGAUCACAGAUCAGCACCACUUCUGUGAUAUGUGUUACAUUUGAAUACGGGCCCUGAUUUCCUUGUUUGUUUUAUCAUCGGUUACAUGACGGAAUUAUUAAUUGGAACAUGAUGUAAGAUUGAUGCAGUGUCAUCAAUUUCCAAACACCUUCUCAGAAUUACAUUUAAUUUGGAAAAGUAGAAGUUGUAUUAUACCAGGUAGAAAUAAAGUUGUGUAAUUUAAAAAAAGUUACCACAAAUAGUAAAUCACUGCCACUAUUAGAAGCCAUGUAGAUCUGUCAAUCUUAACCUGGAUUUACUCUUCUUCACUUUUUGUCUGAAGAGCUGAACAAAAGCAGUAAAAAUAAUUUAUAUUGGAUAGCCUAUCUUUGGGAAGAGGCAUAAUGAAAGCCAUAUCGCUCUUUUGUUCCAUUUAUCAGAACAAGAAAGACCUUUGUAUAAUUAUUCCAUUGUGUUAAAAUGAUAAUCCAUGCUGUACAUUGCUAGUAAAUGUUGUGAAUUUGACUGAAUUUUAUCAUCAUAAAACAACCGUAUGCCAUAAUUCCUCUGAUUUCUGUGUUUAGUUAGCAGUUGUGUAACACUAGUUCUGUUUAUAACAGGUGGAUUUAAGGGUUUGCAUGCUAUCAUUGCAGAAUUCAGUUUUAUUCAAUUGUUAGGAUUUCUUAGGUUUGUGAAUGACAGGAGAGACUGAGGGGGAGAUAUUGUGAAAUGGUUCAUGAUAAGAAUGAAGAUUUAAAUGAACUUUAGGAUUCUUGAAAGUCUGGAAUAUAGUUUUCUGGCAAUAAAUAUUUCAUAUUGCGACAAUUUAAUAAAAAUGUAAUAUUAUAGAUGAUAUUUGUUUCGAUCACUUUGACGCACUAUUUGACCUGAGCAUUUACAUUUUAUAAAAUGUUUGGUAUUUUCAAAAUGUUGUCAAGGUACUUCAUUUAGAUAUCAGCUCCAUGCCCAGUCAGUUUUGAGCAAAUAUUUAACAUAUUAUAUUUUCACAUUUCCGAAAACUGGCUAUAAUCCAUAUUAACUGACAAAUGGCCUGUAUGUAGUUUCUUCAAUGUCUCUCCCUGACUGAAUCCUAAACAUUUGUCCAGAGAUUUGUCUACAAUUCUGAAUUAAUCAUGAAUGAGCAAGGUUAGCUACACCAUAAGGAUGGAGCCUUGAUAAAGAUGUCCACAUUACAUAUAGUAAUAUGUAACAAGAACACUCAUGGUCUGUAAUGUUAGGUUUUACAAUCAUAAAGCAACUGGAAAAAAAAUGAUUUGCUACUUUGUGUGUCGCUUGAAUGUAAGAAAAAAAAAAUGCUAUAUUUGCAAAUUCUUCAAAAUGUAAGCUCUGCCAGAUCUUUGUCUAAUGUUUAUCAGUGUGCUGAAUGAUCCAAUUACAAUGGUUAUUUUUUUACAUUUCUUUUUUUCAUUUCUUUUGUUUUAAAAAUGUUUGUAUCAAACUUUUAAUUUUAGAGACAAAAUUCAGUUUUGAUUUUUUGUUGUCAACUCUGUUUUUCUUUAUUAAUGUUGUUUUAUGUUUUAAAUCAAAAGAACAUACCAAAAUGUUAAAUUACAGCUGAAUCAUUAUAUAGAGCUAACAGAAUAAAACUAAUGACAUGUUACAUAAUUGAAAAUUCUCAUGUUAAAUAUGUUGUCCAACGAUUGUUGGACAAUAAAUGUGAUGAACGAAAUACAUUUUAUUCUGUAUGAUGGAGUUGAUAUAUUAAAUGCAUUUUAUGAUUUAAGGAUUUGGGAACUAGGAGGUUGUUGUUUUACAUACUGUGAUAGCUGAUACAUCGGUCUAUCAACUAUGUAUAAUACUAAUGUUGUUAUUAAGAAAAGUAUUUGUGGGGAAAAAAAGUAGAGACUCUCGUCUUUCAAGAAUCCCUGACUUAUGGAAAGAUCCUACCAUGGACAAAGUAUAAAUUGAUUAAGAGAAGAAAAUGAUAUGAAAAUGACAAAUGAAAUUGUUGAUUUUGUUGAGGUUGAUAGAAUACAUAAAUAAAUUGUUCUUCUAUUAAAACACUUGAUAAAACCAA